GGGAGAAGGCCGACGCACAGAGCCAGACUGAACCGCUGCAACGGCAGGGCUGGGCUCCGCACACACACACAAACACACCUAUAACAGCAACACACGCCAGAAACGGAAAAAAAAAGGGAUGGCCUAGCUGUGUUCUGCUGUCAGUGGUCUAUCAGCAGUGUGCUACCUGGACCAGAGGACAUAUAGGUGUGUACCAGAAGCAGCAAACAGCAAGGUGCAGAGAUGAGUGUGACCUCCUGGUUCCUGGUGAGCAGUGGGGGCACUCGCCACCGACUCCCCCGAGAAAUGAUCUUUGUCGGCCGGGAUGACUGCGAGCUCAUGCUACAGUCACGCAGCGUGGACAAGCAGCAUGCAGUCAUCAACUACGAGUCUGGGACUGAUGAACACAAGGUCAAGGACCUGGGAAGCCUGAAUGGGACCUUUGUAAAUGAUGUCCGCAUCCAGGAGCAGAUGUACAUCACUCUGAAGUUGGAGGACAAGCUGAGGUUUGGAUAUGAUACCAACCUGUUCACGGUGGUGAGAGGAGAGCUCACUGUGCCUGAGGAGGCUCUAAAGCAUGAAAAGUUCACCAGCGGACUCCAGCUCAGCAAGAAGGCAUCCAAUGGUGAAACCACUACCACCACAACUACAAGCAAGUCUCCCACGAAGACCCCAACAAAAACAAUGAAGUCCCUCAGUGGUGGUACCCUGAGGCCAGGGGAGAGCAGAGCAAAAGAUGGCGUCACGUCCUUCAAAGAGCCACCACCUAAACCUGUGGACAGUCACAAAGCAGAGGACAAGAUAGGAGGGGAUGUUACAGCUCUGCCUCGUGGGACCCCACUGUACGGCCAGCCGUCCUGGUGGGGGGAUGGAGACGCAGAUGAUGAGAACUCCUUCAAACAGGAAACCAAGUCAUCCACCAAAAAACAUGACAGCUCCAUUUCAGACAGCAAAGAGGCACGUCGAGGGGAGAAGGCUAAAGAGAACAGCCUUCAUACGUCCACUGCUCACGAUUCCAGUUACUUUGAGAUCCCUACCAAGGAGGGUCACAUGACCAAUAACGGCAUCCAUGAGAUUCCCACUAAGGACACAGAGGGCAGUACCACUCACACCACUACAGCUCAAGGUCACGCCUCCUUCACCAUAGAGUUUGACAAUACAUCUCCAGGGAAAGUCACCAUUAAAGACCAUGUGUCGAAGUUCACAUCUGACCACCACAGAUCUCGCUCCAAGAAGGGUGCAGCAGGAAGUGUAGGCGGAGGAGGGAGGGACUUGAGCACACUUCAAGCGGCUAUGAUGGCAUCGGAGAGCAAGGUGGCUGAUUGGCUGGCUCAGAACGACCCCACUCUGGUGCGCAGUGAGUCAACAGAAGAUGACAGCAAGAGCAUCAAAAGUGACGUGCCAGUCCAUCUAAAAAGACUGAAAGGGAGCAAGCAUGAGGAUGGCACCCAGAGUGACUCUGAGAAUGGACUGGGCCUGCGUUUUGCCAACCGCCGCCAUGCCCUUGAGGAACGUCUAAAGGCAGCACAUAGCCACGUGGGAGGCGGAGGAGGAGCGGGAGGAGCAGGAGGCGGGAACGUAACCGUGAGCGGGACCCGAACAACUGGCACCCGCACUGCCUUCAUGAUUGAGUUCUAUGACGAGGAAAACCCUCGCAAGCGACGGUCGUAUUCAUUUUCCCAGACUGCCCCCCUGCUGGGGGGAGGAGCUGGUGGGGAGGGACUGUGUCCUCAGCCUCCAUCUCACCCCAAGGUGUUCAGCAUUUCAACUUCUGCUACUACAGCCUCAGAUUCAGGUAAAGUCCCAGCUCCAAUACCGGCCACAGUAGCUGUAGGCGCCCCUACGGCUGCCCGUGUGCUUCUCAAGCAGAGGUCCGAGGACCAAAGUGUCGGUCGAAGUUCAGCCAGUACCGGGCUGGCGACAGGUAGCCCAACCAGCCCCAGCGAGGACGCUUCGGUUGUGGGCAGGGGAGCGGGGACAGCUGGAGGAGAGGCAGAGGAUGACCACAGUGAUAAGGGGACCUAUACUAUUGAACUGGAGAACAGGAACCCAGAGGAAGAGGAGGCCAGGCGCAUGAUAGACAAGGUGUUUGGUGUUCAGCAGAACCAAGACUCAUCUGUUCUGUCAGACCUGAAAGGAGAAGGAAAAGGAAAGGAGACAGGAGAGACAGCGAAAGAGGCUCUUCGUGGUGACUCGAGCUGGGUCUCUCAGUGGGCCAGUCUCGCUGCCAAUCACACCAGGACAGACCCAGAGGGAUCAGGAGCAGAGACAGCCGCCUUCCUGCACAAAGAGAGAGGAGCUGAUGCCUUUGAGUCCAGUGCAUCCCUCAGCAGAGGUGAAUCCUCCUCCAGUCUGACCGACCGUAAGCGCAGGACCCUCCCUCAGCUCCCUGUGGAUGACCCCCGGGCUAAAUCCAGCACUAAAACUCUGAGGUCAGAGAUUGGGGAGAAGCAGGACACUGAACCCCAGGAAAAAGAGAACAAGGGAGACGGGGAGUCUCCAACUCCCAUCGAGGACAGUGAGAUGACCAGUAAACGGAAACAAAGCUCAACUUCCUCUCCAUCCAAAGCUCCUCUCCGGACCUCUGGCAGCACUGAGCGGAGAAAGAGGUCAGAGGAGAAGAAAGGAGGAGGAGGAGCAGCAGAAAAAGAAGGCGAAAAGUCUGGGAAGCCUCUAGUGCGGCAGGGCAGCUUCACUAUUGAGAAGCCCAGUGCUAAUGUCCCUGCAGAGCUCAUCCCACGCAUCAACAGAGGUGGCAGUGGGCGUGAACGCAGUGAUUCUGUGGGAAGCAUGGAUACUGCUACACUCCUGAAAGACACUGAAGCUGUCAUGGCAUUCCUGGAGGCCAAACUAAGAGAUGAAAACAAACUAGACCAGAAAAGUAGUAAAACUGGCAUUACCACUCAGGGUUCGGGUUCUGGCUUCCCCCUUCGGACUGACUCCAUCUCUCCUGAGUCAGAUGUGGACACGGCCAGCACAGCUAGUCAUGUGGCUGGAGAAGCAGACAGGAAAGCAGCAGCUGGUGGUGUACAGAAACGACGUUCCCUCAGCAGCAUGCACCGGGAGAAGAGCAACAUGAGCACAGCUUCCAAAACCAGCGUCACUAAUGCAAGUGCCCGUGAGCGCUUGGAGAGGAAGACUAAAACAAGAACUGUGGAGGCGACAAGCCGGACUGAUGCGCGCCGCUCUGUUCAGCCGUCCUCUGCCUCCUCCAGAGCACGCCAGCCUUCACUAGAUCUCACCGAUGAUGACCAGACUUCUUCCUUCCCCAUCUCUGACAUCCUCUCCUCAGACCAGGAGACCUACUCUGGACCGUUGGGGCUCUCAGCACAUGGACGCGGCUUAGACGAUCCCCUCCAUUCCAAACUCGAUAGCAGGUCCGCUAAGACUUCCACCAGUGGUUCCUCCAAAACCAGCCGCACUCUCCAGGCAGCCACAACCUCCUCCCUGAACAAGCAGGCCUCAUUGCCUCAGCCACGGCCCACGAGAGCCUCCCUUCUUCGCCGUGCCCGGCUGGGGGAUACAUCUGACACUGACCUCGCUGAUGCAGACAGGGUGUCUGUGGCUUCUGAGGUGUCCACCACCAGCUCCACCUCUAAGCCGCCAUCUGGUCGGAAGGGACUGUCACGACUGGACAUGCUGGCUCAGCCGCGUAGGAACCGUCUGGGCUCCAUCUCAGCCCGCAGUGACUCAGAGUGCACAAUGACCCGGAGCUCCACCUCUUCAUCCCGCCUGUCAGCUGAGACUGCUCUGCGCCUGGGUCUGCGCUCAUCAACACCCACAGAGAACAGACUGACACCUAGGAUGAGGGCCAACAGCGUGUCCAAACUGAAUGAGGUCAAGACUAAGACCACUACAUCUGGAUACUGCUCGCCCACAGAGAGCUCUCAGCCCGAACCUGAGGGCGGUGAUGCCGAGGAAGAGUUGAUGGUGUCCAGUAGCAGCAGGUGGAGACGUCUGCCACCAGAGUACGGCUCCACCUCAGAGGAAGAGUUUGGCUCCAACCGGAAUUCUCCGAAACACGGAGGACGCUCCCACGUGCGGCCUCAUCACCUCGUCCCACACCGCAGCUCAAGGCUCAGCACCACCGCGAGCCCAGGCUCUGCUGUGGUGACGGGUCCGGGUGGAGUGGGGAUCAAACAUCGUAUGAAAGAGCAAGAGGAGUACAUCAGGGACUGGACAGCACACAGCGAGGAGAUAGCCAGGUUAUUCCCCUGUGUGCGCAGGAUCAGCCAGGACCUGGCUAAGGACUUGGCCAUCUUGGCCCGUGAGAUCCACGAUGUGGCCGGCGAGAUCGACUCAGUCAGCUCAUCUGGCACAGCACCCAGCACUACCGUCAGCACUGCCGCCACCACCCCGGGAUCAGCUAUCGACACCCGGGAAGAGGUAGGCCCUGCACGUUCCACGCAACCGGACAUACAGGAGAGCAUGAGAAAGUUGGUGGAUCGGGUGUUUGAUGAGAGCCUCAACUUCAGGAAGAUCCCGCCUGUGAUUUCAACCAAUAAGGCACCAGAGAUCAACGGUAAGCCAGUGGAGCUCCGCCCCCGUGCCCCUGACAGUCUGGAACCCCGAGCUCUGAGGAGACGCACCUGGAACCGAGAGGAGGCGGUGUUAGACAGCCUUCUGCUCAAUUCAGUUUCUCAACUGUCCACUAAGAUCAGACACUCUGUCGACAAAACUGCAGGAAAAAUCAGGAUUUUGUUCAAGGAUAAGGACAGGAACUGGGAUGAAAUUGAGAAUAAACUGCGAUCAGAAAGUGACAUUCCACUCCUGAAAACAUCCAACAAGGAGAUUUCCUCAAUUCUGCUUGAACUGAAGAGAGUUGAGAAGCAGCUUCAAGUGAUCAAUGUAAUGGUAGACCCAGAUGGGACUCUGGAUGCCCUGGCGAGCCUCGGCCUGACCAGCCCCACCACCCCUACCAAGCCCCAAACCGCCAAAACGACUUCCCCAUCUGCCGCCAGCCCUGGGUCUGCGCCCCCAGCCAAAGAAUCGCUGCCGGAGAUCCUUCCUGGGCCUGGAGGAUCAAUAGCCUCUGCCAGGGUUCAGGCUUCCUCUGCCAGCACCGAGGAAACUGCAGGAGACCCCAGUGUGGGUCUGGGGUUAACAGGAGUUGGAGGACUGCCCUUCAACCGCAUGCGGCCGAGCGGAGAGGAGGCCAUUGCACAGAAGUGAACAUGAAGUUUCCCUGAAAUCAAAGUUAUGUGAAUAAACAUUAGUCCUGAUUGGAGUGCAGGUGGCUGGUAAUCAGUGUUAACAACAAGGGGGCAUGUAUAGAAACAUUUAGACAGUUUUUUUCUGACAAAACAGUUGCCAUUCUGCUGACUAUACCACUCUAGGAUUAUGGAUAUAAUAUCAAGAUAAUUUAGCUGAAGUGUUACCAGAUGUGGCCGCAAAUGAAGUGCUUCAACUUUAGACCCCGACUGAUGCAUCAUGGAUAUACCCUUGAAUGGAAAUUGACCCAUGAAUGAUUUGGAUCUAUGUCAUAUUAUGAGCUUUUCAACCUUAAACUAUUCAUGCUUACUGGCCAGCCUGGCUUCCGGAUGGACUAAAUGCUACCUGGCUGCUCUCUCAGUGGACAGAUCUCUGUGGCUGUACAGUCUCCACUAUUCCUCCAGUCUUCUCCUCUUGCCUUUUUCAUGUGUCAGGACCCUACCUACACUAAGGACAUGCCUUAAAACACAUCCUCAAUAGUAGCAGUGCAACCCCCUUUGCCCUCUCAAAUGAUAUAAAAAACAACUUUUAAGACUUUAAUACAGUAAUUUCAGACAAACAGAAUGCAUUGUAAAAUAACACUUGCAAAAGAUGUUUUAUUUACACUAUGAUGACUAAGUUAUUAGCUCUUAUUCAGUACAAAGAAUAUUUCAGCAGCCUUAAGUAACCACCCUGACAAACUACACAGUCAUACACAGACAUGCUAUAUGCCUGAAACAGCUCACAAAUGAAGCAGAAUUGCAGAAGUUUUAUUUAUUUCAUAACUCUAACUGUCCGUCCAUUGAACCAUCUUUCAAACUGACUCUGUUAAAAAAGGAUUUGUAGUGCCUCCCCAUCUCUUUGCUCACCUAUCUUUCCUUCCUUUCUUUUCCCUCCCAGUAGUUGGAAAAAAUGUUACACAAAGUUUGUCACUUCAGUAGCAUGUACAGAACAGAUCUGAGAGCUUUCUACCUGCCAGUUGGUGUCUGUGUUGAUCUUACUAAUACUGAAUGGUAGUUUCACACAAUAGUAACAGCCUUUGGGAAACCGAUGAUCAUUUCCGGUAAAAAAAAAAAAUCACUUACCAAAGUUAACCAUUUCCUUGAUAUUGUCAUUUUCAAACAAUAGAGCCAUCUUGCAAUUCAUCUAUUGUGCAAAAGCUGAUAUGGCAGUUCAUAUUGUACGUUUUAGAUCGAGGUAACCUUUGUCUGCAGUUCACCUUUUUCUCUGAAUGUCAAGAACCUUUUUGUGUCAACAAAUCAAAGAUUCAAAAAACAUAUUUAUUAUAGUUUAAUCAUUGCUGCCAUAUCUUUCUUUGACCCGUGUGACAUGGCCUGUCAGAAUCAGUGCUCUUAGCCUUUUGCUAUAGUACAUCCACUCAAGUGUCCUAUGAUUUCCAAUUGGCUUGUUUUGUACUCUUUCCAGUCACAGCUGAUGUGACUUCUUUUAAAACUAGCACUGAUGAGCAAAGCAAAUAACUGUUUAAACUAAAUAUUUUAUAAUAUUUAGAUACUGCUAUUGUAUUGCAGAUACUACAGACAUUUGGUUUUUGAUGCCCGGAGUCACCUCACAAUAAAUUUCAUCUUCUUUAUCUGUUAAUUAAUAGUUUGAGCUCAUGUGCACACAAAACCUGAGCAUUGGAAAAGCUGCUGGAUAUAGUAUUAAUUAGUGUCUUGUCAAAAAUAACAUGGGUAAAAAAGUAUCUUUGAGGAAGGUCAGUGGGUAGAAAUGAUCACAUCUUUGAAAAUAAGCUCAUCUAUUUUAUGAAUUUUGCUUGUAUUUAAGGCUUCAUAUCAGUGUGUAUGCUGAAGGUGCAUUGUUCUCUUUCCACCAACGGGGGAAGUCCCAGCGUCCUGAUACUGUAGAAUUGCAGACAGACAGUACAGUUAACCUCUUUCUCAUCGACUUUGCUGCUUUUCGAGUUACUUUAUGGUGACUAACCAUUUUCUGAAUCUCUCUUCAGCUUAUAGUCUGUGUUCUAGAGUAAGAUGACUUAAAGACAGUGUAUUAAUACUUAGAUAUUCCCACAAUAGUGAAUUUAGGUACCAGAAUACAAGUUCAUUUCCUUCUCUCUAUACUGUACUGUACAAUGUCUUUCAAUGCCUCAAAGUGCCCAUUUUGACUACAGAGGGGCAUUGAUUAAAAGAACAAAAAAGAUGUAGUUGUCUAAAAAAAAUUCUUGUUUUGCACAUCAGAUUGUGUUGUUUUUUUUUUUUUCAUACAGAAGUAGUGAAGAUGCCGUAAAAGGCUGCAUCAAAUGUCAAAUGGUUUGACAAAGAAUGAUAUCGCUAUGCCUGAUAUCAGAAGUGACUGCCUUGCCUCUCUGGAGCUAUUCUGUCUGUACAAAUGAAGCCUCCAAUCGUGUUACUUGUUUUUUUUUUUCUCCCCCAUUUUAUCAAAAAAUAAAUAAAUAAAUUUUAAAAAACAAUGAAAUUAGGGGACUGUGAAUGCUAGGUACAUGUUUAUUUUUUAAAUUCUACAUGUGUCAUCUGAUCAGUGUCAUUUUUUCUUGUCAUUUUUGUAAAAAAAAACAAAAAAAACACAAUUUUAUUUAUUUUUGUUUUAAUAUUUUGUGGAUGUUUCAUGUAUUUUAUAUUUGUUCAACUAUCUGCAUUGUUUCUUACUGUUAAUAAAAC